AUGGACAGUAUUAUCUUUAGGCUAUCAUUAGCAGUGCUUUUAUUAACAGCAUCAGAAGCAGUGAUUCGACAGCGACCGAAGAAUUCAAAAACAUGUCCAGCAGUGUCCAACAUGGAUGAAUUUUCAAUGGAAAGAUUCAACGGAACUUGGUAUGAGGUUUAUACAUCUAUGGCUAAUUCAACUUUAGUAGAAAGAUGUGAUCGUAUAAAGCUAUCUGCUGCUGCACGUGGACGACUGUCAAUCUACAGAAGGUUUAUAAAUGCUCAAGGAAUAGAAGUUAAGAGUAUGGGAAUAGCAGCUGAGAUCGAAGAAGGUGUAGUUGCUUUUCAUUAUCCAGCAUUUAUGAUCACAAACCUUUACGAGAUCAUCAUCACGGACUACGAUAGCUAUGCUAUCCUUUAUUACUGUACAAAUGAUUUCGAAUUUUGGGUUUAUAGCCGUCAACCUGAACCCAAUGCUCAGCUUCUUGUGCUGAUUUUUCAAAAACUACGAGAACGUGGUUUUACAAAAGUUAAAAUCUACCGAACUGAUCAGUUGAAUUGUGCUAUGAAGGGAUUUUGAUUGAUUUGAAAGGUAUUAAACCUACAAAAUCUCAGACUCUAUCUCUGUCCACAAUUAAUGCUUAGAUCUCAAGUUUGAAAAUCAUCAACA